CCCCAGUGCUCAUGACCAGGGCCCUCAGCCUGGCACCCUUUCCUGGGCACUUUGGGGCCACUUGCUGUGUCCUCAGGCAAGGUGCUGUCCCCCAUGACACCUUUGUCACUGUGAGGCCAUGGGCCACUCUCCGUCUGCCCUGCUCGCAGCCACCCCUCGCCUGGCCCGGCACAAGCGCUCUCGGCUCGAGAACGUUCCUCCGCUAGGAACCGCGGAUGGGGGUCACGGGAUCACAGGGGCACCUCGGGGCCCUUACUCCAGAUGGCCGCUCUCUGGGGGGCCCCCAGCCUGCCAUGCACACUUGCUGGGGGUGGGGGCCUUCCUAAUAGGCCUGUCUUGACGAGCCCUGUGGGGCCUGUGACAGGAGCUGAGACCCCUUCCGUGUCAUCCUGGGGACACCAGCCCGGCAGGGCGGAGGGCUCGGGUUCGCUCACCUGCCUGUCCCCUCCUGCUGCUGCCAGGCCCUGCACAGAGAACAGAAGGAGCUGGUGGCCGCCCUCGGGGAGCCGGAGUGAGGAGGCGACGGCCGCGCUGGGAGCAGAGGGCAGUCGAGGUUGGGGGCCUGGCCUCUGAGGACCCUUCCGUGGUGCUCAGUCCCUGAGCGGGGCUGGAAUCAGCUGGAGGAUGGAUGAGGCCUGACCGUCCGUCCUGCUUUGGGGGCUCCUUUGCCCCCCACCCCCAGCACAUACUCAGAUUUUGCCCUGUCUUCUCGUAACUCGAGGCCUGCUGGCCAGCUCCUGUCCUGGGGGUCAGGCCCCCGCCGGCUCCUGAGCCCCCACCUCCAGUGCUGGCCCCGGCCCAGGGAGUCUCUGUUCCUUCUGUGCCGAUUGCCCCUUGCCGGCCAGCCCGUGGUGACCGCUGCGUCCUCCCCACAUCCGUAAAUACACUUCCUGCACUUGCUACACUGUAAUCUGUGAGGAUGCUUCCGCCGCCAAGCUCUCCCGCCUCUGCUGGCCCAAGGCCCUCCUGCUCCCAGUGCCCUGGCUGGGAGGGCAGGAGGACAGCGAAGCCCCCCUCACAGGAGCUGGGACCCCUGGGGUCCACUCCUCUCUGCCAUCUGGGCUCUGUGCUGCCUCCACCUGCCCGGGGUUUGCGCGCCCUCCAGGCAGCUGGCGCUCUGUCCCCGUCCCUGGCCAGGGCUCGGCUACAGGCACAUGGGCUCUUCCUGUGGCCAGCGGUGAGGGGUGGGUACGGACAGGUCGCAGAUCAGGUCUCCCUGGAGAGGGCCUCGCCCCGGAGAAGCCAGGCGGGGUCCAUCUGGGAGCGCUGGGGACAGGCGGACAUCAGGGCUGCCCUCGCUGGCCACCUGCUGCCCUGAAUUGAGCCGGUGGAGCCACAGCACCCAGGCAUGGGGCCGUGGGGGGGGCGGGGAGUGCCUGGUCAGGCCCCCACCUGUGGCAGGCCGUGCACGGCAAUGCCCCCACUCCUCUGGGGCCGGGCCGACGGGGCCCCUGGGUGCUGGGAUGGCCUUCAGGCUGGAUGUCUCUCUGAGACAGGUCCCCCAUUUGUUGGCACCGGGGAGGCUGUAUGACCAGACGGAGGGGUCCUCUCCCAGCUCCUUGCUGGCUCUGCCUCCCCAUGUGCAAGGGGCACAGGGGUGAGGGCCCCCUCCACCCGCCCGGUCCUGAGCGGAGCCGAGCCGCCCCCACCCCCUCCCAGAGCUCUUGGGGACUGGGGGUGGGCAGGGUGCCUCAGGGUGAGCGAGGGCACCGCUGCCUGGCGCCCCUCCCUCCCUGGGGUUUGGCUCCUGCCCACAGGCCGACCGUGGAAAUCACAGUCUUACAGCGACAGCCCAGCUUUACUCGAGUCUAUUUUAGACCUUGAGCCCCCCCUUUCCCCCUUCCUGUCCCUCCUGCUCCACCCAGCUGAUGCUGGGGGACCUGAGGGGACCCCCAUGGGGAGGGGCCGGGCCUGUCCAGAGGCAGGGCCCCACCCUCCAUCCUCCCAGGGGCCCAGCCUGGCAGCUCCAACCACAACAUCCUUUGGGGUUUGGCCUAUAGAGCUGGGGCGGAUGACCCCCAGAUAGUCCUGGCAGGUUCCCCCAGGCCCACCCUCGCCUCCGGGGCGCGGCCUAGGGUAUAAAUGGUGCUGGCGGGGGUGCAGACCAGCUGGAGCCCAGCGGCAGCCCCAGCAGCCACGACAGCCACACCAUGAGGCCCCUGCCGUUCCUGGCCCUGCUGGCCCUGGCUGCGCUCUGCCUCUGCCCAGCCGGCCCGGCAGAUGCGAAGCCCAGCCGUGCACAGUCAGGCAGGGGUGCAGCCUUCGUGUCCAAGCAGGAGGGCAGUGAGGUGGUGAGGCGGCUCCGGCGCUACCUGGACCCCGGGCUGGGAGCCCCAGCCCCUUACCUGGACCCCCUGGAGCCCAAGAGGGAAGUCUGUGAGCUCAACCCGGACUGUGACGAGCUGGCGGACCACAUCGGCUUCCAGGACGCGUACAGGCGCUUCUACGGCACGGCCUAGAGCUGGUGCCUCCCCCCAGGAGCCCCCCCCAGCCCCCCAUGCCCUGACCUCCCUGCCAUCCCCCCAGCAUCCCGGCUGCUCCAGAAUAAACUCCAGAAGAGGAA